AUGCUGAAAUUCAAUUUUCUCCAGAUUUUUGAGAAGAUGAGAAAACUCGACGGGAGCGGCCCGCCUCGGUAUUACCAACCGCAGGUGGUACCGAGAUUAUCGGCAGGUAAUCAGAUGACUGAAAUGAUGCCAUUAUAUGACAAGCCAUGGCGGAGUGGGGGCUGGUUCUCUAUAAUUGAAAGAGAAUCACUUGCGGCUGAUGAUUCAAGUCAUCAGAUACGGCUCUUCAAAUUUCAGCUGUCAACUUUGACCUCAGGCCCCGGUAGCAUCGAGCUACAGCCUGUUGCUCAGAUGGUGGUGUGUGCUGUGCGAGCUUCAGAUCAAGAAUUGACUGAGAGAAGAAAUCUGCGGGGAGAUAUGGUGGUGGUGUGGUGGAGGACACCUCAAAAGACAAUGGAGGGUCCUGAAACCAUCGAUUCUGAGGUUGAGCCACCUCAAAAGGCUGGCCUGCGUGGUCUGGUCAGGCUCCUCCGAGGUUUAGGGGACCAUUCGAAAAUGCCUCUUUGUGCCGAUUUCUGGGCUCUGUGUUCUUUCUCUGUUCGACCCUCAUCAAGAAAUGAAGCUGCUAUCGCAAGAUAG